CGGAAAUACAAAUCCGCAAAAAAACUGCUUCCGCUUUCCGUUAGCUGACAGGAUGAGUUUGAGCUGAUUAUCCCACGCACGCCUGACUGAACCGCACGCGCCGCCGUCAUGGCAUUCGUGGCCACGCCCAGCGCCACCGUGGUGGACCAGACCACCCUCAUGAAGAAGUACCUGCAGUUCGUAGCCGCCCUCACCGACAACAACACACAGGAUGAGACCAAGCUGAAAAUGAUGCAGGAAGUCAGUGAAAACUUUGAGAACGUGACGUCGUCUCCACAGUACUCAACUUUUCUGGAACACAUCAUCCCGCGCUUUCUCACCUUUCUUCAGGACGGAGAGGUGCAGUUUCUUCAGGAGAAGCCCACGCAGCAAUUGAGGAAACUGGUCCUUGAAAUCAUCCACCGCAUCCCUACCAAUGAGCACCUGCGCCCUCAUGUAAAGAACGUCCUUUCUGUGAUGUUUCGCUUCCUUGAGAUUGAAAGUGAGGAAAAUGUGCUUAUCUGUCUGCGCAUCAUCAUUGAACUGCAUAAACAGUUCAGACCUCUGAUCUCUCAAGAGAUUCAUCAUUUCCUGGACUUUGUGAAACAAAUCUACAAAGAUCUGCCAAAAGUAGUGACGAGGUACUUUGAGAAUCCUCAGGUGAUAGCGGAAAACACGGUGCCCUCUCCGGAAAUGGUGGGCAUGAUCACGUCAGUGUUGGUGAAGACCGCUCCAGAGCAGGAGGACAGCGAGACCCGCACGCAUACCAUCAUUCCCCGGGGGUCUCUGUCUCUCAAGGUCCUGGCUGAACUGCCAAUCAUUGUGGUGCUCAUGUAUCAGCUCUACAAACUAAACAUUCACAGUGUGGUGUCGGAGUUUGUGCCGCUGAUCAUGAACACCAUCAUACUGCAAGUGUCCCCUCAAGCCCGGCAGCACAAACUGUACAAUAAAGAACUUUAUGCAGAUUUUAUUGCCGCUCAAAUCAAGACCCUGUCCUUUCUUGCCUACAUCAUCCGCAUCUAUCAGGAUCUGGUUGGGAAGUAUUCUCAGCAGAUGGUGAAAGGGAUGCUGCAGCUGCUGUCUAACUGUCCUCCUGAGACCGCUCACUUGCGCAAAGAGCUGCUGAUCGCUGCUAAGCACAUCCUCACCACAGAUCUGCGCAGCCAAUUCAUUCCAUGCAUGGACAAGCUUUUCGAUGAGUCGAUUCUCAUCGGCUCAGGCUACACGGCGAGGGAGACUCUGCGACCACUGGCCUAUAGCACGCUUGCAGAUCUUGUACACCAUGUCAGGCAGAACUUACCUUUAACAGACCUCUCACUGGCUGUUCAACUGUUCGCUAAGAACAUCGAUGAUGAGUCCCUGCCCAGCAGCAUUCAGACCAUGUCCUGCAAACUUCUACUCAACCUGGUGGACUGCAUUCGCUCCAAAAGCGAACAGGAGAAUGGAAACGGCAGAGAUAUUCUCAUGAGGAUGCUGGAGGUGUUCGUGUUAAAAUUUCACACCAUCGCACGGUAUCAGCUGGUAUCCAUCUUCAGAAAGUGCAAGCCCCAGUCAGAGAUGGGAGUCGUGGAUCCGGGAGCCUUGCCUGGCGUCCCAGCCACUCCUACAAUCACCUUACCGCCGCCCGCGCCUCCCACUCCAGUCUCUUCGGCCCCUUCCGCCACGCCUUUUGACAGAACGGGGGAGAAAGAGGACAAACAAACAUUCCAGGUGUCGGACUGCCGCAGCCUGGUAAAGACCCUCGUGUGUGGGGUGAAGACCAUCACAUGGGGAAUCACUUCCUGCAAAGCUCCAGGAGAAGCGCAGUUUAUUCCCAACAAGCAACUUCAACCCAAAGAGACUCAGAUCUACAUCAAGCUGGUUAAAUAUGCCAUGCAGGCCUUGGAUAUUUACCAGGUACAGAUUGCCAGCAAUGGGCAGACAUACAUCCGUGUAGCCAACUGUCAGACUGUCCGAAUGAAGGAGGAGAAGGAGGUCCUGGAGCACUUCGCUGGAGUCUUUACCAUGAUGAACCCACUUACUUUUAAAGAGAUUUUCCAAACCACUGUACCAUACAUGGUCGAGCGGAUUUCCAAAAACUACGCCCUGCAGAUUGUGGCGAACUCUUUCCUGGCUAACCUGUCAACCUCUGCGUUGUUUGCCACCAUCUUAGUGGAGUAUCUUUUGGAGCGGCUGCCUGAGAUGGGUUCCAAUGUGGAGCUGUCCAACCUCUACCUCAAACUUUUCAAACUUGUGUUUGGCUCGGUUUCUCUCUUCGCUGCAGAGAAUGAGCAGAUGCUCAAGCCCCAUCUCCAUAAGAUUGUGAAUAGCUCUAUGGAACUUGCCCAGUCAGCCAAAGAGCCGUACAACUACUUCCUGUUGCUCAGAGCUCUGUUUCGUUCAAUCGGCGGAGGAAGUCAUGACCUGCUGUAUCAGGAGUUCCUGCCUCUUCUACCCAACCUGCUGCAGGGGCUGAACAUGUUGCAGAGUGGCCUCCAUAAGCAGCACAUGAAGGAUCUGUUUGUGGAGCUGUGUCUGACCGUGCCGGUGAGGCUGAGCUCUUUGCUUCCAUACUUGCCAAUGCUCAUGGACCCUCUGGUGUCGGCACUCAACGGCUCCCAGACGCUGGUAAGCCAGGGCCUACGCACCCUCGAACUCUGUGUGGACAAUCUGCAGCCAGACUUCCUAUACGACCACAUCCAGCCUGUUCGUGCCGAGCUCAUGCAGGCCCUUUGGCGAACUUUGAGGAAUCCAGCAGAAACUAUCUCUCAUGUAGCGUACCGAGUGCUGGGCAAGUUUGGCGGAAGCAACCGGAAGAUGCUGAAGGAGUCUCAGAGACUGCAGUAUAUAGUGACUGAGGUGCAGGGCCCCAGCAUCAAGUCUGAGUUCACUGACUGUAAGGCCUCGAUUCAGCUGCCUAUGGAAAAGGCCAUAGAGACCGCACUGGACUGUCUGAAGAGUGCCAACACAGAGCCAUAUUACCGGCGACAGGCUUGGGAGGUGAUCAAAUGCUUCCUGGUAGCGAUGACCAGCCUGGAGGAUAACAAACAUGCCCUGUACCAGCUUCUCGCCCAUCCCAACUUUACAGAAAAAUGGAUCCCCAAUGUGAUCAUUUCUCACCGGUACAAGGCCCAGGACACACCUGCGCGCAGGACAUUUGAACAGGCCCUGACUGGAGCCUUUAUGUCCGCAGUCAUUAAAGAUCUGCGUCCCAGUGCUUUGCCUUUUGUGGCCAGUCUCAUCCGGCAUUACACCAUGGUGGCUGUAGCUCAGCAGUGUGGACCUUUCUUGCUGCCAUGCUACCAGCUAGGCAGCCAGCCAAGUACUGCAAUGUUCCACAGUGAGGAGAAUGGCUCUAAGGGAAUGGAUCCCCUAGUGCUGAUCGAUGCCAUUGCCAUCUGCAUGGCAUAUGAGGAGAAAGAGCUGUGUAAGAUUGGCGAAGUUGCACUGGCUGUCAUUUUUGAUGUGGCUAGUAUUAUCUUGGGAUCCAAAGAGAGGGCGUGCCAGCUGCCGCUCUUUUCCUAUAUCGUUGAGCGUCUGUGUGCGUGUUGCUAUGAGCAGGCUUGGUAUGCCAAGCUUGGUGGUGUGGUGUCUAUAAAGUUCCUUAUGGAGAGGCUGCCACUUAUUUGGGUCCUGCAAAACCAACUUACCUUCCUCAAGGCUCUGCUGUUUGUCAUGAUGGACCUCACUGGCGAGGUAUCUAAUGGUGCAGUUGCCAUGGCGAAGACCACCCUGGAACAGCUCCUGGUGCGCUGUGCCACCCCACUGAAGGAGGAGGAAAAGACAGAGGAGUUGCUAAGUGCACAGGACAAAUCCUUUCACAUGGUGACCCACGACCUGGUCCGUGAGGUCACCUCACCCAACUCCACUGUGCGCAAGCAAGCUAUGCACUCGUUGCAGGUUCUGGCUCAGGUCACUGGCAAGAGCGUGACUAUUAUUAUGGAGCCUCACAAAGAGGUUCUUCAGGACAUGGUUCCUCCUAAGAAGCACCUUCUUCGUCACCAGCCUGCCAACGCUCAGAUAGGACUGAUGGAAGGGAACACGUUCUGCACCACACUGCAGCCUCGCCUCUUCACCAUGGAUCUCAGCGUCAGUGAGCACAAGGUCUUCUACACUGAGUUGUUGAAUUUGUGUGAGACUGAAGAUGCAGCACUUAUGAAGUUGCCCUGCUACAAGAGCUUGUCCUCUCUGGUGCCGUUACGCAUCGCGGCGCUCAAUGCUUUGGCGGCCUGUAACUACCUGCCCCAGUCUAGAGAGAAGAUUAUUGCUGCGCUCUUCAAGGCCCUGAAUUCUACCAACAGUGAGCUGCAGGAGGCAGGGGAGGCUUGCAUGAGAAAGUUCUUGGAGGGAGCCACUAUUGAAGUGGAUCAGAUCCACACUCACAUGCGGCCUCUGCUAAUGAUGUUGGGAGAUUAUCGCAGUCUGACUCUAAACGUGGUGAACAGACUGACCUCCGUCACAAGACUCUUCCCCAACUCCUUUAACGACAAGUUCUGUGACCAGAUGAUGCAACAUUUGAGGAAGUGGAUGGAGGUUGUGGUGCUCACUCAUAAAGGAGGCCAGCGCAGUGACGGCAGUGAGAUGAAGAUUUGCUCUGCCAUCAUAAACCUCUUUCACCUGAUCCCAGCUGCUCCUCAGACACUGGUCAAACCUCUGUUGGAGGUAGUGAUGAAGACUGAGCGAGCCAUGCUAAUUGAGGCUGGAAGUCCUUUUCGAGAGCCGCUUAUCAAGUUUCUGACGCGCCAUCCCUCCCAGACAGUGGAACUGUUCAUGAUGGAGGCCACGCUGAAUGACCCACAGUGGAGCCGCAUGUUUAUGAGCUUUUUAAAGCACAAAGAUGCCAAGCCUCUCCGGGACGUAUUGGCCUCAAACCCGAGCCGCUUUGUCCCACUGCUAGUUCCCGCAGGCACUCCAGGUACAGUGCGGCCUGGCUCACCCUCCACCAGCACGGCUCGCCUAGACUUGCAGUUUCAGGCCAUUAAGAUCAUAAGCAUUAUAGUGAAGAACGAUGAAGGCUGGCUGGCCAGCCAGCACUCAUUGGUCAGCCAGCUUAGGCGUGUCUGGGUCAGUGAGGCAUUCCAGGAGCGUCACCGCAAAGACAACAUGGCUGCUACUAACUGGAAGGAGCCUAAAUUGCUGGCUUACUGCCUGCUCAGUUAUUGCAAACGUAACUACUCUGAGAUCGAGCUGCUGUUCCAGCUGUUGCGAGCCUUCACUGGCCGCUUCCUGUGCAACAUGACCUUCUUAAAGGAGUACAUGGAGGAAGAGAUUCCAAAGAACUACAGCAUUGCACACAAACGAGCACUCUUCUUUCGCUUUGUCGAAUUCAAUGACCCGCAGUUUAAUGACGAGCUCAAAGCCAAGGUUUUGCAGCACAUUCUACACCCAGCCUUUCUGUACAGCUUUGAGAAAGGGGAGGGCGAGCAGCUCCUGGGGCCCCCCAACCCAGAGGGCGACAACCCCGAGAGCAUCACCAGUGUUUUCAUCACCAAGGUGCUGGACCCAGAGAAGCAGUCUGACCUCCUGGACUCGCUUAGGAUCAACCUGCUGCAGUUCUCCACACUGCUGGUUGAACACGCUCACCAUCACAUUCACGACAACAACAAGAGCAGGAACAGCAAACUGAGGCGCCUUAUGACCUUUGCCUGGCCCUGUCUGCUACCCAAAGCCUGCGUGGACCCGGCCUGCAAAUACAGCGGCCAUCUGCUCUUGGCCCACAUCAUUGCCAAAUUUGCCAUUCACAAGAAGAUUGUCCUGCAGGUGUUCCACAGUCUGUUGAAAGCUCACACUAUGGAGGCUCGUGCCAUUGUGCGGCAGGCCAUGGCCAUCCUCACUCCCGCUGUACCCGCUCGCAUGGAGGACGGGCAUCAGAUGCUCACUCACUGGACCCGCAAGAUCAUUGUGGAGGAGGGGCACACUGUGCCACAGCUGGUCCAUAUUCUGCACCUUAUUGUGCAGCACUUUAGGGUGUACUACCCUGUAAGGCAUCACCUUGUGCAGCAUAUGAUCAGUGCCAUGCAGCGGCUUGGCUUUACACCUAGUGUCACUAUCGAGCAGAGGAAGCUGGCUGUGGACCUGGCAGAGGUGGUCAUCAAAUGGGAACUUCAGCGGAUCAAAGAUCAGCAGCCGGAGUCGGAAGCAGACGCAACUGCUGGUGGUGAAGGCACAAGCGCUGGAGCUCUGAAGCGGGGAGCAUCUGUGGACUCUGCUCAGGAUGUCAAGAGAUUCCGCACGACUACCGGUGCAGUUGGCACGGUGUUUGGCCGAAGUCAGUCGAUGCCUGGCACUGAGGCGCUGCUCACCAAACCUGUAGAGAAGCAGCACACUGACACCGUGGUCAACUUUCUCAUCCGCAUCGCCUGCCAGGUGAACGACAGCACCACUGUGGCAGGCUCUCCUGGUGAAUUGCUCUCUCGCCGUUGUGUGAAUUUGAUGAAGAUGGCCCUCCGGCCAGACAUGUGGCCCCGUGCUGAGCUUAAACUGCAGUGGUUUGACAAGCUGCUCAUGACUGUGGAGCAGCCCACCCAGGCCAACUUCUCAAACAUCUGCACAGGGUUGGAGAUCCUGAGCUUCCUCCUGACCGUACUGCAGUCUCCAGUCAUCCUGGUCCACUUUAAGCCUCUCCAGCGAGGCAUUGCAGCCUGCAUGACCUGCGGCAACACCAAAGUACUCCGAGCUGUACACACUCUGCUCUCCAGACUCAUGAGUAUUUUCCCUACUGAGCCCAGUACCUCUUCAGUGGCCUCUAAAUACGAGGAGUUGGAGUGUUUGUACGCAGCUGUGGGGAAAGUCAUUUAUGAGGGUCUUACCAAUUAUGAGAAGGCCACCAGUGGCAAUCCCACCCAGCUGUUUGGAACUCUAAUGAUCCUUAAGUCAGCCUGCAGCUACAACUCCAGCUACAUCGACCGCCUCAUUUCUGUCUUCAUGCGCUCGCUUCAGAAGAUGGUCCGGGAGCACCUGAGCCCACAGACCAACCCCAGUCCUACAGAGGCCAGCGCAGUCACGAGUGAGCUGGUCAUGCUUAGUCUGGACCUGGUAAAGACCAGGCUGUCCGUGAUGAACAUGGAGAUGAGAAAGAACUUCAUUCAGGUUAUCCUCACCUCUCUGAUCGAGAAAUCGCCUGACCCAAAGGUUCUUCGCGCUGUGGUGAAGAUCGUAGAGGAGUGGGUGAAGAACAAUUCUCCCAUGGCGUCCAAUCAGAUGCCUAAUCUCAGAGAAAAGUCCAUCCUGCUGGUGAAAAUGAUGACCUACAUUGAGAAGCGCUUUCCCGAUGACCUUGAAUUAAAUGCCCAGUUUCUCGACCUCGUUAAUUACGUCUACAGAGAUGAAAGCUUGUCAGGAAGUGAUAUCACAUCGAAGCUGGAGCCGGCCUUCUUGUCGGGGCUACGCUGUGCUCAGCCACUAAUCAGAGCGAAGUUCUUUGAGGUGUUUGAUGCCUCCAUGAAGCGGCGUGUCUACGAGAGGCUCCUUUACAUCUGCUGUUCCCAGAACUGGGAGGCCAUGGGCAGUCACUUCUGGAUCAAACAGUGCAUUGAGCUGCUGUUGGCAGUGUGCGAGAAGGGCACUAUCAUAGGCACCAGCUGCCAGGGCUCAAUGCUGCCCUCCAUCACCAAUGUCAUCAACCUGGCUGACAGCCACGACCGUGCCGCCUUCGCCAUGGCCACUCACAUCAAACAGGAGCCACGUGAGAGAGAAAACAGUGAGACCAAAGAGGAGGAUGUGGAGAUAGACAUUGAGCUGGCACCCGGGGAUCAGACCAGCCUGCCGAAGACCAAGGAGCAGGCAGAGCGCGACGCCGGCAACCAGCUGCACAUGCUUACCAACCGCCAUGACAAGUUCCUGGAUUCUCUUCGCGAGGUCAAGACGGGAGCGCUGCUAAAUGCCCUCGUUCAACUCUGUCACAUCUCCACACCAUUGGCUGAGAAGACAUGGGUGCAACUUUUCCCUCGUCUUUGGAAGAUCCUGUCAGACCGUCAACAGCAUGCCCUGUCUGGGGAGAUGGGCCCAUUCCUGUGCAGCGGCAGUCAUCAGGCGCAGAGAGACUGUCAGCCCAGUGCACUCAACUGCUUUGUGGAGGCCAUGUCGCAGUGUGUUCCUCCUAUCCCCAUCAGGCCCUGUGUGCUCAAGUACCUAGGCAAGACGCACAAUCUGUGGCUCCGGUCCACCCUCAUGCUGGAACAGCAGGCCUUCGAGAAAGGCCUCAGUCUUCAAAUUAAACCCAAACAAAGCACAGAGUUCUACGAACAGGAGAGCAUUACACCCCCUCAGCAGGAGAUCCUGGACUCACUGGCAGAGCUCUACUCCCUGCUGCAGGAAGAGGACAUGUGGGCGGGGCUGUGGCAGAAGCGCUGCAAGUUCCCCGAGACGAGCACAGCCAUUGCCUAUGAGCAGCAUGGCUUCUUUGAGCAGGCACAAGAGAGUUAUGAGAAAGCCAUGGAGAAAGCCCGCAAAGAGCAUGAGAGGACCAACACAUCUCCUGCCAUCUUCCCUGAGUACCAACUAUGGGAGGAUCACUGGAUCCGUUGCUCUAAGGAACUGAACCAGUGGGAGGCUCUGACUGAAUAUGGCCAGUCCAAAGGUCACACAAACCCAUACCUGGUGCUGGAGUGUGCAUGGAGAGUUUCCAAUUGGGCUGCCAUGAAGGAGGCACUGGUGCAGGUGGAACUGAGCUGUCCUAAGGAGAUGGCAUGGAAGGUGAACAUGCACCGUGGGUACUUGGCCAUCUGUCACCCAGAGGAGCAGCAACUCAACUUUACUGAGCGCUUGGUGGAGAUGGCCAGCAGCUUGGCUAUCAGAGAGUGGCGGAGACUGCCUCACAUCGUUUCUCAUGUCCACACCCCACUGCUGCAGGCUGCUCAACAGAUCAUUGAACUGCAGGAGGCUGCUCAGAUCAACAUGGGUCUUCAGCCGGCCAACCUGGGCCGAAACACCAGCCUGCACGACAUGAAGACUGUAGUGAAGACCUGGAGGAACCGGCUCCCCAUCGUCUCAGACGACCUGUCACACUGGAGCAGCAUCUUCAUGUGGCGUCAACACCACUACCAGGCCAUUGUGUCAGCAUAUGAGAGUAACACACAGCACGAUCCCAACACCAACAAUGCCAUGCUGGGUGUGCACGCGUCAGCCUCCGCUAUCAUCCAGUAUGGCAAGAUCGCUCGCAAGCAGGGACUGGUCAAUGUGGCACUGGACAUCCUAAGCCGCAUCCACACCAUCCCCACUGUGCCCAUUGUUGACUGCUUUCAGAAAAUCAGGCAGCAGGUGAAAUGCUACCUGCAGCUAGCCGGAGUGAUGGGCAAGAACGAGUGCAUGCAGGGACUUGAGGUGAUCGAGUCUACCAAUCUCAAGUACUUCACCAAGGAGAUGACCGCUGAGUUCUACGCACUCAAGGGCAUGUUUUUAGCCCAGAUCAAUAAAUCAGAGGAAGCCAAUAAAGCCUUCUCAGCAGCUGUUCAGAUGCACGAUGUCUUAGUGAAGGCUUGGGCCAUGUGGGGUGAUUACCUGGAGAACAUCUUUGUGAAAGACCGUCAGUUACACCUGGGUGUGUCAGCAAUCACUUGUUACCUUCAUGCUUGCCGCCAUCAAAAUGAGAGCAAGUCGCGCAAGUACCUCGCCAAGGUCUUGUGGCUGUUGAGUUUUGAUGAUAAGAACACACUGGCAGAUGCUGUAGAUAAGUAUUGCAUUGGAGUGCCACCAAUUCAAUGGCUCGCCUGGAUCCCUCAACUCCUCACCUGCCUGGUGGGCUCUGAAGGCAAACCUCUUCUCAACCUCAUCAGCCAGGUGGGACGUGUCUAUCCUCAGGCUGUGUACUUUCCCAUCCGAACUCUGUAUCUAACACUAAAGAUCGAGCAGCGGGAGCGCUACAAGAGUGACUCUGGACAGCAGCAGCUUAGCUCAGUGGGAACUCAGAGCCACUCUGCGUCAGAUCCAGGCCCCAUCCGGGCCACAGCACCCAUGUGGCGCUGCAGCCGUAUCAUGCACAUGCAACGAGAGCUGCACCCCACGUUGCUCUCAUCUCUGGAGGGCAUUGUGGACCAGAUGGUGUGGUUCCGAGAGAACUGGCAUGAGGAGGUACUGCGGCAGCUCCAGCAAGGCUUGGCUAAGUGCCACUCUGUGGCGUUCGAGAAAAGCGGUGCAGUGUCUGAUGCCAAGAUCACACCACACACUCUGAACUUUGUGAAGAAGCUGGUGAGCACAUUCGGCGUGGGCUUGGAAAACGUCUCCAACGUCUCCACCAUGUUCUCUAGCGCCGCCUCCGAGUCGCUGGCUCGGCGAGCCCAGGCCACUGCCCAGGACCCUGUGUUCCAGAAGAUGAAGGGCCAGUUUACCACAGAUUUUGACUUCAGCGUACCCGGCUCUAUGAAGCUGCACAAUCUCAUCUCUAAACUAAAGAAAUGGAUCAAGAUUUUGGAAGCCAAGACCAAACAACUGCCAAAGUUCUUCUUGAUUGAGGAGAAAUGCCGUUUCCUUAGCAACUUCUCAGCCCAGACAGCUGAAGUGGAGAUCCCAGGAGAAUUCCUCAUGCCCAAGCCCACACACUAUUAUAUCAAAAUAGCGAGGUUCAUGCCCAGAGUAGAGAUUGUCCAGAAGCACAACACUGCUGCCCGCCGCCUCUACAUACGGGGGCACAACGGAAAGAUUUACCCCUACCUGGUGAUGAAUGAUGCCUGUCUGACAGAGUCGCGCCGAGAGGAGCGCGUACUUCAGCUCCUACGCCUCCUCAACCCCUGCCUGGAGAAGAGAAAGGAGACCACCAAGAGACACCUCUUUUUUACAGUGCCCAGGGUGGUGGCCGUGUCUCCUCAGAUGCGCUUGGUGGAGGAUAAUCCUUCAUCCCUCUCACUGGUGGAGAUCUACAAACAGCGCUGUGCUAAGAAAGGCAUUGAGCAUGACAACCCCAUCUCCCGCUACUACGACAGAUUAGCCACGGUGCAGGCCAGGGGAACACAGGCCAGCCAUCAGGUGUUGCGGGACAUUCUGAAAGAAGUCCAGGGCAACAUGGUACCUCGCAGCAUGCUGAAGGAAUGGGCGCUGCACACCUUCCCCAACGCUACAGACUACUGGACCUUCCGUAAGAUGUUCACUAUCCAGCUGGCUCUAAUCGGCCUUGCAGAGUUCAUGCUGCAUCUCAACCGCCUCAACCCAGAGAUGCUCCAGAUUGCCCAGGACACAGGGAAGCUGAACGUCUCUUACUUCCGCUUUGACAUCAAUGAUGCUACUGGGGAUAUGGAUGCCAACCGGCCUGUUCCCUUCCGCCUGACACCCAACAUCUCAGAGUUUCUAACCACCAUCGGUGUGUCAGGCCCUCUCACUGCCUCCAUGAUUGCUGUUGCCCGCUGCUUUGCCCAGCCAAACUUCAAGGUCGACGGCAUUUUAAAGGCAGUACUAAGAGACGAGAUCAUCGCCUGGCACAAGAAGACCCAAGAGGACACAUCAAUGCCUUUGUCCCCUGCUGGACAACCGGAGAACAUGGACAGCCAGCAGCUUGUGUCACUUGUCCAGAAAGCUGUGACGGCCAUCAUGACACGCUUGCACAGCCUGGCUCAGUUUGAGGGUGGAGAGAGUAAAGUGAACACACUGGUUGCAGCUGCUAACAGUCUUGACAACUUGUGUCGCAUGGACCCAGCCUGGCACCCGUGGCUAUAGGAACUUUAAAUCAUUCUCGUUGCUCUAAAUGAGAGAAAAGUGCCACUGUUGAGCAGUUUGGUUGACUGGUCAGGUUAAACAUGUCUUGCAGCACUGUGCUUUUUGUUGAGUAUGAUGAAAUUAUGUGCAAAUGGUAAUAAGAGGGAAAGAAAAAGAACCGUCAUGUCAGAUGAGCUUUAUUGUGAUUAUUGGGUUAUUCCUGUCAAUAGAGGGCUUUUAGCUGAGUGUUUCCCACAGCCAUUAAAAGCUGCUUUGUACUUAAAGCUGAUAAGGGAUGCUGUUCAUCUGAUGUGCAUAGCAACAUGGAUUUCUUGCCACUUCCAUGUUUUUUCUAGCAUUAAGCAGAACAGCCCUGCGAAAAAAAAGUGGCUUUUUUUUGUGUUUUCUCAGCCAGGGGCAGCAUUAAAAUUGUUCCAAAAAGUUUAAAUCUGCAUAAUGUACAAGUCUCAGGUCUAAUGGUUUAUUUUAUUGUAAUUACAGUUUUCGAUCUACCAGUAAGCCUCCUGUUAAAAAAUGUUCAGCUUCAUUAUAGCACCUGGACUGUGAGUCAUAUAAAUUAUUGGCAUAGGAUUUUAUGUGCAUCAUGUGAAUAGUCCCCAUUGUAUUGUUUAAUUUUUUAUAUUAUUUGGUUUAUUCUUCUUUGAUUUAUAUUUGGUAGCUGUUCCCAGUGUUUGCACUACUGUCAAACCCCACAUUCUGCCAUCUUUAAUCCUCUACUGAACAAACUAUUUACACUAUGAAGAAAUAAGCAAUGGUGUUGCAACAAUAUUUUAUCAACUCCAGUGGUCUGAACCUGCAUCAUCCAGUCAUACAAGCUAAGUAUGAAGAUGCCUUUUAGCUACUUUUAGGUUCUUGGUCCACUUGACCUCUUUGGUCAUUGAUGGGCCCUGACUCAAGUUUGUACAUGUCUCUGCAUUUUCUAAAUGGUACGUACAUUGUGCCAAUCCAAGGACUGUUACUGUAAAAUGUAAAUAAGCAUUUUGUUUUAAUAAAAUGCUCUUUUUUGGAAAAAUCA